AUGUUCACUUAUAUUCAGAUACAUUUGUACUUUAUAAUACCACCUAUAAUACUGCUAGGAUUGAUAUAUCAUCCACUGAUAGGUAGAAGGGAGAUACUGAAAUUCGUAUGGCUAGGGUUUAUGGCGACAAUAUGGACUACGCCAUGGGAUAAUUAUAUAUUAUCUCAAGGAGGAUGGUCGUACCCACCAAAUUCGAUAAUAGGCAAGAUAUAUCAUGUACCAAUUGAAGAACAUAUGUUUUUCAUCUUACAACCUAUCUUGGUUAUAUUACUUCAUUCGAUAUUCACCCAUGAGAGAUUGUUAUCUUUCGAUGUGGACGUCGAUCAGAUACCCAAUGAUACGAAGGCUCUCAGUGAGAAGUCUGAGAUAGACAGAGAAGGAGAAGGACAAGAAGAUCAAUCGACAAAGAAGACACAGAUAUCCGCAUUGUUGCCCGAAAGGUCUGAGGUUCAUAUUCAUAUUCAAACUCUCCCUCGUCGACCUAUAUCUUCGAUUCUCUGGCUGGUCGUAUCCUUUAUCGGCUUGAGGCUAGUACAGCAGACCAACUUGUACAAUACGAUAGAUUACGGAAUGAAACAUCAUAUGUUUUACCUCGGCUGGAUCCUCGUUUGGAUAACACCCGUCAUAUCAUUCUUGACGUACUUGGGUGCUAGAUGUACUCGGAAUGACUGGUGGACCGUUCUGCUGGCGACGGGAUGGUUAUGGAUUGUCGAUACGAUCGCAUUGAGAAGUGGGAGUUGGUCGAUAUCUGCAAGUAGCACAUUAGGUGUGGAAUUAUGGAGAGGCUUACCUAUAGAAGAAGCAAUCUUCUUCUUCCUUACCACUUACCUCAUCGUCCUCUCAUCCUCCCUAAUCUCCCAUCUGCAUACCCUUCUCCUCCUUUCCCCAGAUCUACCUCCAUGUCCACCAUCUAACCCAAUUGCUCAUAUCAAACUACUAGCAAAAGUAGCUUUCAAUCCACCUAAAAUAGAUCGCAGGAUAUUAGUGGGAUUAAAAAUAUCUGAGAAAACUUUAAAGAAGGGAAGUAAAAGUUUCGAAGUUGCCAAACUUGCUUUUGGAAGGGAGAUGAGGAUUGGGUUGGUGGUGAUUUACGCAUGGUGUAGGGUUACAGAUAACCUGAUCGACGAGCCUUUCUCUCUUAACACCAGCUCAGAUCCGAGCGAUUCAUCGUCAAAGUCUCUAGACGAAGCCAGAUACAAACUUCUAGAAUCUAUACGAAGACAUAUUUUACUCACUAACCAAUUACAAACUCGAUACCCCGCACAACCAUACUCAUUACAAGAAUUAGACCAAUCGUUGGACGAUAUACCCAAUCUCACACCCGAGGACAGAUCGGCAUUCCACCUGUUCUCAUUGAUUAUACCUAGAAUGAUACCGAUAGAUCCAUUUUUGGAAUUAUGUGAUGGAUAUGAAACGGAUCUUAAAUUCCCUUCUAAGUCACUAUCGACCAUUUCGCAAGCUCAUGAAAAUAAGUUGACGGACCAUCUGCCUAUCAAAACUCGCGACGAUCUGAUGGAGUAUGCCGAUAAUGUUGCGGGCAGUAUAGCAGGAGCGAUAUGUUAUUUAUCAUGGUCGAUCCUGGAUUCCAUAUCGACCGAACCGGUGAAGGAGUUUGAAUAUUUCAGAAAAAUACAUAAUAGUGGAGAAGCUUCGCAGAUCGGCGCAAAAGAAGGAAGGUAUCAUCAAGGAGACUCGCGGUCAAAGAUAAUCAAAUCAGCAAGAUUGAUGGGCUGUUCACUCCAACUGGUCAAUAUUUCUCGAGAUAUAAUUAAAGAUGGGUUGAUCUCGAGGCUUUAUAUACCUAUGAGUUGGUUUACAUCCUCUUCGGAAGUAAUCAAGAUACUGUUCCCAUCUGUUUCUCGACGUCCAUCAACAAGAUUAUAUACAGACAAAUUAUUGGAUUUAGCGGAUAAACUAAGGGAUCAAUCGAUUUCUUCCAUAGAUAAUCUACCUAGAACUGCGAGAGGAGGAGUGAGGACGAUGGUAGUGAGUUACUAUGAGAUUGCUCAUGCCAUCAGAAAGAAUGAAGGGGAGGUGGACCAGUAUGGUAUAAAGGUUGGGAGGUGGAGAAGGAUAGGUAGAGCUGCAAGAGCGAUGUGGUUAGGGGCUUAG